AUGGCAACUCUCUCUCGUUAUAUAUCUAGUACUGGUGGUACGCUGAAACCUGCAACCGCUGCACAAAGUUCCACAGCGGAACAGCGCUUCCAACCGCCCCUAUCUUUCUCUCGUGACAUCCCCGUUGGCUCCGAACUUUCCCGCGGCCCAAACGUGGCGGCCGCCCUAAAAGGAACAAGAUCAGUGGGACUUCCUCACGUGGCAAGUAGCGAACGGAAAGUAUCGGUUGGUUGGAGCAACACAGUGACUUCGCAUUUUCACCAUAUCUGGUUGCGCGAUCAUUGUCGGUGUGCUGAUUGUCUGCACCCUGUCACUAAACAGCGUCUUGUGAAUACAUUCGAGAUUCCUCCGGAUGUUCAACCAACGAGAGUCGAAAGCCGGCCCAGCGGGCUAGAGGUAACUUGGACGGAAUCCCCUCGGCAUGUUUCAACUUAUCCUUGGGAAUGGCUCUCCCGAAGCUCAUAUGAUCCUCCUAUGAGGCAUUCAUUCGCCCUUCACAAUGGCAGCAAGACUCUUUGGGGGUCUACUAUACAGCAAUCUCCUCCGACGGUAUCAUACGAAGAAGUCAUGAGAAACGACGCGGGGGUAUACAAAUGGCUUCAAAAGAUUGACGAGUUUGGGUUUUGCUUCGUUUCGGGAGUUCCACCCAACCCCAAAGAUACAGAAAGCCUGACACGGCGCAUCGCGUUCAUUCAUGGAGGCUUCUGGGAUUUUACCUCUGACCUGAAACAUGGGGACACAGCAUAUACCAACCUGGCUUUGGGGGCACAUACAGAUACAACCUAUCUGUCCGAUCCAUGCGGGCUACAAUUGUUCCAUCUAUUGUCUCAUGAAGGACUUGGUGGUCAAACUUUGCUCGUUGAUGGAUUCUAUGCAGCCGCAAAGCUCCGAGAGAAGUACCCCUCGCACUACGAGCUCCUAACCGAAGUAAAAAUCAGCGCCCAUGCAGCAGGAGACGCAGACUCCUUGUACAUUCCCGACGAACCCUUCUCAAUCCUCAAGAAAGGCAUAAACGGAGAACUCACGGGAAUACGUUACAACAAUGAUGACAGGAGUGCACUCAAGUACAUUGACCCCGUGUUGGUAGAUGACUGGUACGAUGCGUUGCGCUCGUGGAAUCGUUGCUUGACUAGCUCGGAUGCCGAGUUUUGGGUACAGCUGACGGCGGGAACCGCUGUGGUUGUGGACAAUCAUCGGGUGCUGCACGGGCGCUCAGCAUUUACAGAGAACUUUCUUCCCAAGGUCGACGGGGUGACAAGGUGCCUGGCCCAGUUAUUGAAUCAUCUCAAGAAUGAGGGGCAUGAAGUUAUAAUCUUGGGUCCUGAAGUAAAUAUGCUCACAUAUGAGACAUAUCCCAUAAUUGGGACCGUUGGCAUUCCUUUGAUGCUUUACCCAGACUUGAAACUCAAUUUCUUGCGACCAAAGUUCCUCCAAUCAAUCCAAGAAUUUGAUCCCGACGUAAUCCAUGUUGUGGAUCCUAUCUGGCUAGGGCCUCAGGUUCUUCAUGCUUUGCAGAGUGGUUGGUGUGGUCCUCGAUGGGCAUCACCAAACGCUCCCAUAGUAGCAAGCUUUCAUACUAACCUCCCGACGAAGGUAUGCCUCGCUGUUUGGGCUAAAGUUCAUGGAGCCUAUAAUGUGGAGGUGGAUUCGGUAUAUCCAUUCUCGAUGUCGGUUAACCGCUUGCCCGACGUUCUCGACAGCGGCGACGCUGAUGCACAAAGUGCCCAUAAACGCUGCCCUGCGCUGAGGGGUGAAUGGGGAAUCAAGAACUCCCCUGGGCGGUCCGAUCCGUGGACUAACAAGAAUGUAUACCCACUAACACCACCUCCUUCGCCCAUUCCUUCUGAAAAUAACGGCCAUGCUUACCGGAGUGAGCAGUGCGUUAUACUAUAUGCGGGUCGACUAUCCUAUGAAAAAAAUCUCCAUUUUCUAAUCGAGUCUUACGGACAUCUCCUGGAUAUGCUUGGAGGGUCGACAGCGUUGCCGCUAUUUAUAUUCGUUGGAGAGGGGCCAGCAAGGGCAUCUCUGGAAGACUUGUGUCGUUGCAAAGGGAUACCAGCGCGUUUUACUGGACAUUUGUCCGGUGAACAACUGACCAAAUGUUAUGCCAGCGCCGAUAUUUUUGCAUUUCCAUCUUAUACCGAAACUUUUGGGCAGGUUAUACUGGAAGCCCUAGCUUCUGGGUUACCCGUGGUUGGGCUCGAUGCUGAUGGUACUCGCGACCUUGUACAACAUGAACGCACGGGGCUGCUGCUCCAACACAGAGCCAAUCGUUUGGAUUCCAGCCUGACUAACUGGAGCGACCAAUUUUAUCCCGGAACAAAGAAGUUCCAGGUGUUAUCGAGACAGUAUGCGGCACUGCUUCACCGGUUAGUGUGCAAUGCGACCCUACGGAGUGUAAUGGGAGGAUGUGCAUCAGCUUCUACGCCCGUCGGCAGGUCAUGGAGCGCUGCUAUGGAAUGCAUGGUCGAAUGCUAUAGAGAAGCGAUCGUGAGCAGUGAUCCAGAAGACAUUGAUUACUAUAAAGGCCUUGCCCUGACCGCAGUGGCACAACAUGGGGAGCAAUCACCUUUGCGGCUUAACCCCAAUUUUGCUCGUCCUGGGUUACAAUCGAAUCUAACAGCCUAUGGUUCAAAUGUUCAACACCUUGAACUCUCGUCCCUCUCAGCCGAAGACUUUAGUGUACUCGGCCAUCAGGCCUUCCCUUCUCACCAGGUUAGAGUCAAGCGCGUGAAGGACUUUUGUGAUCCAACCGUAAGGAUGUACUCGGGUUAUCUCGAUGUCGAUUACGGCGCAAAACAUUUGUUUUUCUAUUUCUUUGAGAGUAGAAAUGACCCAGACUCAGAUCCUGUUCUUAUGUGGAUCAAUGGUGGUCCAGGAUGCUCCUCAUCUUUGGGGCUAUUUAUGGAACUCGGACCGUGUAGUAUUCGUGGCCCUCUGCAAUCCGGUUCUAAUGGAACAGACUGGAAUCCAUAUUCUUGGAACAACAAAGCCAAUCUGUUUUUCCUAGAUCAGAAAUAUAGCCUUGGUGUUGGAUUUAGUUACGCAGACUAUGGUGAGACCGUUAGCACCACCGAAGAUGCAGCAAAAAACGUCCAGGCAUUCGUAACCAUUUUCUUUGAGACUUUCUCGAAGUUCAAGGGGCGAGAGUUCCAUAUGUCUGGCGAGUCCUACGGGGGCCGAUACUUGCCAGUAUUUGCGUCUGAAAUUGUCGACCAGAACUCGCGGGCUGAGGCUGGUGGUUUUGAACCAAUUAACCUAAAGUCGGUUCUUAUCGGGAACGGACUGACAGAUUUUAAAACCAUGUGGGAAGGUUACUACGACAUUCAAUGCAAGAACUUGUCAGUUGUACCAUUUCAGGAUAUUAAAACUUGUGUUACCAUGAAACAACAACUUCAUCGCUGCCUGAAAAUGUAUCAGAAAGACUGUGUCGAGCAGACCGACCCUGUCGCAUGUAGUCUAGCUGCUGGCUUUUGCAAUGAAGCACUUUCGCUCCCCUAUCAAGCAACUGGACGUAACCCAUAUGACAUGACCAAGCCUGAGGAACUCCAGAGCUCCUUGUGUUAUCCUAUCACAGAACACAUUAAUACUUUCCUCGACCGGCCAGAAACUAGAAAGGCCCUUGGCGUCCACCCUUCUAUUGGUAACUAUACCGGGUGCUCCCGCGACGUUGGAGUGCGCUUCUCCGCAUCGCUCGAUCAUUUCCACUCGAAUCAGUGGUAUGUUGCCGGCCUGCUCGAGCGCGGUAUCAAAGUACUUGUUUAUGUAGGAACGUAUGAUUGGAUUUGCAACUGGGUUGGCAACCAAAAAUGGGUCAUGGCCCUCGACUGGACUGGCAGUGCUGAAUUCACAGCACAAAAGGACCGCAACUGGAUUGUUGACAGUCAGGUCGCCGGGUUCACUCGCUCUGCGAAUGGACUUACGUUUGCUACCGUUGAUGCUGCGGGACAUAUGGUCCCGUACGACAAACCCAAAGAAGCUCUUGCUAUGCUUAGUCGCUGGCUCGAAGGGAAGGAUUUGUAG